AUGUCAGAGGGAGUGGGCACAUUCCGCAUGGUCCCUGAAGAGGAGCAGGAUCUCCACUGCCAGAUGGAGCGGCUCACAACCAAGGACCACGGGCCUGUCUUUGGCCGGUGUAGCCAGCUGCCCCGGCACACCUUGCAGAAGGCCAAGGACGAGCUGAAUGAGCGAGAGGAGACUCGGUCUGAGAUGGUGCAAGAGCUGCAGGACCUGGUGCGGGAGCAGGCGGCCACAGGCGAGGAGCUGGCCCAGGCAGUGGCUGAGAGAGUCCAGGGAAGGGACACCACCUUCUUCCUCCGCUUUAUCCGUGCGCGCAAGUUCGACGUGAAGCGCGCCUAUGAGCUGCUCAAGGGCUACGUGAACUUCCGGCUGCAGUACCCAGAGCUCUUUGACAGUAUGUCUCCCGAGGCUAUCCGCUGCACCAUUGAGGCCGGCUAUCCUGGAGUCCUCUCCAGUCGGGACAAGUAUGGCCGAGUGGUCAUGCUCUUCAACAUCGAGAACUGGGACUGUGAGGAAAUCACCUUUGAUGAGAUCUUGCAGGCAUAUUGCUUCAUCCUGGAGAAACUGUUGGAUAAUGAGGAAACCCAAAUUAAUGGCUUCUGCAUCAUUGAGAAUUUCAAGGGCUUCACCAUGCAGCAGGCUGCUGGACUGCGGCCUUCGGAUCUCAGGAAGAUGGUGGACAUGCUCCAGGACUCCUUCCCAGCCCGGUUCAAGGCCAUCCACUUCAUCCACCAGCCGUGGUACUUCACCACCACCUAUAAUGUGGUCAAGCCCUUCCUGAAGAGCAAGCUGCUCCAGAGGGUCUACGUCCACGGAGACGACCUCUCUGGCUUCUUCCGGGAGAUCGACGAAGACAUCCUGCCCGCUGACUUUGGGGGCUCACUGCCCAAGUAUGACGGCAAGGCCAUUGCUGAGCUGCUCUUCGGCCCUCGGGCUCAGGCUGAGGACACAGCUUUCUGA